AUGGGUGCGAAUCUCAUCGACCUAACCUGCAAAAAAACACCAUACUACGAUCUUUGUGUCAUCUCUCUAAACUCGGAUCCCCGAAGCUACACCGCAGAUGUGGCCGGCUUAGGCGUCGUAAUGGCGGAUGUUGUUAAGGCUAAAGCAACGGACAGCCUGAACAAAAUCAAUGAGCUACUUAAGCAGAGCCCAGGAGUCCGAUCGUUGACCACCUGCGUUGACUAUUACAAGACAGUUAUAGAAGGUGAUGUUCCCCUAGCUAAUGAAGCCUUUGCUUCAGGUAACGCUAAGCUUGCUGACCAAGGCAUGAGUGACGCUGGCAUCGUGAUUGACUUAUGUGAAAGCCAAUUUUCUGAAGGGAGCUCUCCUCUGACAGAUAAGAACAAAGCUGCUCAUGAUGUUGCGGCUGUGGGUGCAGCAAUUGCGAGGACAAUGCUUUGA